CCUCCCCUCCAACCCCCCUAAUCCCACUCCUCAACCCCCUGCCGAAGACCACUCACUUUCUUCCGAAUUCAACCAUUCCUUUAAAGAACCUUCCGAAAAUCCUCCACAGAACCAGACUUUAGUCACGAAGAAGGUGCUGAAGAAUAUGGUAGAGAAGAAGGAGAAAUUGGUAGAUAGAGGUGUAGAGAUGGAUGGAGUGGGGAAGACAGAUGGGAGGGAAGAAGAGAAGAAUGGGGGAGCAGGUGUGGGUUCAGGUGUUACAGAGAAGGGGACUAUGGGUGCCUUAUAUGCAAGAACUCAGAAGAAAGAAGAAUCUAAAGAUGAUCAAAAGCUUUUAAAGGAGAUUGAACAAUCUCAAAAUUGGGCUUCUAACUCUAUGAUAAUAUGUAAGCCAGGGAGAAACAGGUCAGAGACAAGAGGUGUUUCAAAAAGAAAACUCAUCAAAUCUUCGAAGAAGACUUAUAAACGCCCAAAUUCACAACAGAAAAAUAUUUACAAGCCAAAACAGAAGAGAUGGGACGUUUAGAUUAAAAGAGUGAUAAUUAUUUUCUCUUCAAUCUCGGUUCUU